AUGAAAGAUUGUAACAUAAGCUUCUAAAAUAAACCAGCAUUAGUUAUUUCUAGAAUAUACAAAUCAAACAAUAGAUUUCACUUACCAAAAAUAAAUUAAUUUCAAUCAUAAUCUCCAAACAAUAUUUAUUACAAUGAAUAUUUUACUGAAGUAAGAGGAAUUAAAGCUUUACCAGAUAAACAAAAAUAAAAUUCAGAAAGAAUAUUAAAAUGUAGACUAAAAGAAAUGGAAGUAUAAAACAAACAAUAAAAAUCUCUUUCAGCUAAACAUCUAUAUAAUGAAUAAAUUGAGAAGAAAGAGAUUAAUAAUUUAUUACUAGAACCAUAUUUUGUUUAAAACAAUUUGAAAGCAAAAAAAUAUAUAAUGGGAGCAUUUUAACCUGAAAUAUAUAAACAAACGUUUGGGUUUUCUCCUAAUUCAAAAACUAAUCAAAAAUAAGAAAAAGAAACUAGAAAACCUAGGUUUUUUUUUUAAGAAACUCAAUCUGAAAAAGUAAAACAUUCUAAAUUAACUUAAACAGAAAAUGAUAAUUCAAUAAUAGAUUAAGAGUAUAAUUAUUGGAAAAAUGAUGAUUUAGAUUAAAGAGAAGAUGAAGAUUUAAUUAAUAACUAUGUAAAUGGAUUACUUUGA